AUGGAGGAUAAGGUUGUCAACGAUAUUAAGAAUAUUGGUGUUCCUCUUCCGGUUGAAAAUGUUCAACAACUUGCUUCAAAAGCCUUAGAAGAAAUCCCACAUCGAUACAUCCGACCUGAAAUCAGGAAAGAUGAAGUUUCGGUCAACGAGUCAUCACAAAUUCCAGUGAUUGAUAUAAGCAAGCUUGUCGCUGGCAACACUGAAUAUCAAACUGAAAUGUCGAAAUUUCAUCACGCUUGCAAGGAUUGGGGAUUUUUUUCAGGUGAUAAAGAAUCAUAUUUUGCAAUCUCUGUCUGCUAA